UCCCCAGAGCAUGAGGAGCUGCUGCAGGGGCACAGCCGUGCCCGUCCUGCUGCUGCUGCUGCUGGGCUGCGCUGCCCACGCCCUGCCCUCCUGCAGCCACUUCCCCCAGCUCCUGCCCGCCAGGCUCAAGGAGAUCAGGCUCAAGUUUGAGGAAAUCAAGGAUUAUUUUCAAUCAAAAGACGACGACCUCAGCACUCAACUGCUCAGCUCUGACCUGCUGGAGGAAUUCAAGGGGAGCCUGGGCUGCCAGUCGGUGUCGGAGCUGAUGGGGUUCUACAUGGAGGAGGUGCUGCCCAGCGCCAUGAGCAGCAGCUCCCAGCACCAGCACAGCGUGGGCGACCUGGGCAACCUGCUGCUGAGCCUGAGAGCCCUGAUGAGGCGCUGUCACAGAUCCUUCACCUGUGAGGAGAGGAGCACGAGCAUGAAGCACAUCAAGGAGAACUUCAGCAAGAUGAACAGGAACGGAAUCUACAAGGCCAUGGGAGAGUUUGACAUCUUCAUCAACUACAUUGAAAAAUACUUAACAAUGAGGAGAGGGAACUGAGAGCACCCCUGGUCUGCAUUUCCCACACCAACUCCUGCUACUUGUUUAAAAAUCACUUUAGGCUGCAAGAGCUCAAAUUAAGUUAUCUCAAGGUUCAGGUCAAGAGUUACAGGUCAAUAACUUCCAGCUUAAUAUUGUAUUUAAGAGUUUUUUUUUUAAUAGUUGAAUUCAUUAUUUAUUACUUCUAAUACCUCAGUGUUGAUGUUUACAGUAUGUUUUGAAGAAAGGAGUGAUGAGCUUGUAAAUUACUAUUUAUUGUUCAAUAUUGUAAUAUUGUUUAUUGUACUGCUAUUUUAUUCAUAGCUUCAAAACAACCAAAGCAGCAUUUUUCUGGAGGGCAGACAAUGAGCUGAUCUUAUUCCACUCCUGAUUAAGAGCAAGGCCAGCUCUGAGUUCAACAAAAUUUAAUUUUAGGCAAAUGACCCUCACCUCAUAUCCAAUAUCUCUAUUUAUUUAUGCAAUCAGGUGGUUUUAUGCUUAGGAGGAGAAAAAGCCACAGCAACAGCUUGGUUGACUCCACUUUAGACUUCAGAUUAGUCCAGAUUAAAUUUAAAAAAUUAGUAAUAGGAAUGAAAUAUUUGGUUCUAAUAGAACUUGAAUUAAAUAUUGCUCAGUGUCUGCCUUCCAGAGCUGCUGGGUCGGCCACUCUGCACUUUCCAAAGUUAACCUGUUCCAGUCUCUGAUUGGGUUUUACUCACUGUUUUACUGCUGUUUGUUUUCUUUUAGGAGUUUUUUUUUUUUAGGAUAUUUAAUUAACCACCAUUUUAAGGUGGCUCAGGUAAUUUGCAUUCAAAUCCGUGGGGCUGCUCCCAAAGGUGGGGUUGGAUUUUUAAUCCCCAGCAGCAGUGGAAGCAGUGGCUGAUUUUGGGGCUCAGCUUCCUCCUCACCCCGGUGGACACUGAGCCAGAGGAAAAUGCCACAACCCCCAGAGAGGCUUUUACUUCUAAUAUUUAGAAGUGGAAGGGUCCCCACUGAUGAAACACUGCCAGUUUGGUGUUUGCUGUGCAAGUCCCAGCUGAGGAGAGGCUCUUUACACCAGAUUUAUUCUUGGUGGACAUUUCUGGUGGCAGCAGGGAAUUCCUGCUGAUACCCCAGAGCAGGGCAGGAAUGCUGCUCCUGCUGAAAGCUCAGCCUCAAGGGCAGCCAAAGUCUGUAAAACUUCAAUUAAGCUUCUUACCAGGGCACAUUCAGCUCCUGUUGAGCCAAUUCUUUCUCCCUCCAAACACCUUCGAUGUUGUGGGACAGCCCUGGAGCCAAGGAC